AUGAACCCCAUGUGCGAGUUUUCCCCUCAGAAAAGCCCCUGGGCCAGAGCCGUUUCCAAAACCCGGUUUAAACACAACCCCGCGCACGCCUUCUCCGUGGAGGCGCUCAUCGGCUCCAACAAGAAGCGGAAGCUCCGCGACUGGGACGACAAGGGCCUGGAUUUGUCCAUGGAGAGCCUCAGCCCCGACGGGCAGCUGCCGGACCCGGACGACCCCGCCCAGUGCCUGGACCUCAACGCCGAUUCUGAGCAGAGCACGGGGUCAGACACUGAAGUGCUGGCUGAGAGGACUUCCUGCUCGUUUGGCUCCCACACUGAUCUCACAUCCGGCGGCUCAGUCUCUCAGCCCCCUCCUACCUCAUCCAUGGAAGAGAUCCAGGUGGAGUUGCAGUGUGCUGAUCUCUGGAAAAGAUUCCAUGAUAUUGGCACAGAAAUGAUCAUCACUAAAGCAGGCAGAAGAAUGUUUCCUGCAAUGAGAGUGAAGAUUACAGGGUUGGAUCCUCAUCAGCAGUAUUAUAUAGCCAUGGACAUUGUGCCUGUGGAUAACAAGCGAUACAGAUAUGUGUACCACAGCUCCAAAUGGAUGGUAGCAGGCAAUGCUGACUCCCCGGUGCCUCCGAGGGUUUAUAUCCACCCCGACUCACUGGCAUCUGGAGACACCUGGAUGCGACAAGUUGUCAGUUUUGAUAAACUCAAACUGACCAACAAUGAGCUGGAUGACCAAGGCCAUAUCAUUCUGCACUCAAUGCACAAGUAUCAGCCACGUGUCCAUGUUAUCCGCAAGGACUUUAGCAGCGACCUGUCUCCCACCAAGCCAGUCCCCACAGGUGAUGGGGUGAAAACCUUCAACUUCCCAGAGACAGUCUUCACUACAGUCACUGCUUACCAAAAUCAGCAGAUCACCAGAUUAAAAAUUGACCGGAAUCCAUUUGCAAAAGGAUUCAGAGAUUCUGGAAGAAAUAGAACUGGCCUGGAGGCCAUUAUGGAAACAUAUGCCUUCUGGAGGCCCCCUGUGCGCACCCUCACCUUUGAAGAUUUCACCACCAUGCAAAAGCAGCAAGGGGGCAGCACUGGCACUUCUCCAACAACUUCUAGCACAGGGACCCCCUCACCUUCUGCAUCUUCUCACCUUCUUUCUCCAUCAUGUUCACCCCCAGCCUUUCACUUGGCCCCCAACUCUUUCAAUGUGGGCUGCCGGGAGAGCCAACUCUGCAACCUGAACCUCUCCGAUUAUCCCCCAUGUGCAAGAAGCAACAUGACUGCCCUGCAGAGUUACCCAGGGCUGAGCGACAGUGGAUACAACCGUCUCCAGAGUGGAACCACUUCUGCCACUCAACCCUCUGAAAAUUUCAUGCCUCAGCGGACUCCAUCGUUGAUCUCAGGAAUGCCUGCUCCUUCGUCACUGCCUAGCAAUGGCAAGAUGGAAGCCUACGGUGGCCAGCUGGGGUCAUUCCCAACUUCUCAGUUCCAGUAUGUCAUGCAAACUGGCAACCCUGCCUCCACCUCUUCUUCUUCACAUAUGUUUAGUGGUGGCCACAUGCAACAGAGCUCCUACAAUGCCUUUUCCCUUCACAACCCUUACAACUUGUAUGGAUACAAUUUCCCAGCUUCUCCAAGGUUGGCAGGAAGCCCUGAGAAACUGGCCACCACCCAAAGCACUUUACUUUGCUCUUCACCUUCCAAUGGGGCCUUUGGAGAGAGGCAGUACCUUUCAGCAGGGAUGGAUCAUGGGAUGCAUGUGAUCACUCCUCCCGGCAACAGCCAGCCAACAGCCAAUGCCUGUGAUAACAGACAGUAUGGGACUGUACCAGGGUCCUCUUCACAGAUGUCUGUGCACAUGGUCUAAUGGGUGCUUGGAGUCAUCAUCU